CCUACCGCGGCGAAGUGUAAUUCGGUCGACGCAGGAUGGCGGCCGACGCGAGCGCGUUCUCCGAGUACAAGUACUACCUGAGCAGCGCCGUCGACGUCGAGGUGACCUUCCUCCUCUCGUAUGUGGACAUGCCUCCGCAGCAGCUGAUGCAUGGGCGCGACCGGGUUGGCGGCCAUGAGCUCUUCCCGGCGCCGGAGCUCGUGCAAGCCAUGGGCUCGGCGUCCGAGCUGCAAAACUCGCCGAUGAACGAGCUCUUUGUGAGCGCGCAGAUCUUUGCCGACGGGCUGCCCAUGCACACGAUGCCCAUCUGCACCAAGAGCCCGAGCAAGGUCAGCGCGUCGUGCUUGUACUGGAACGAGUGGAUCACGCUGCCCGUCAAGUUUCGCGACCUUCCGCGCAACGCGGUCAUUGCGCUCACGAUCUGGGGCGUCGGCGAAGUGCCCGUCGGUGGCACGACCGUGCCUCUCUUUGCGCGCAAUGGCCUGCUCAAGGACGGCGCGCUCUGCCUCCGCGUCUGGCCGCGCGUCGCCGCCGACCCCGACGUGCGCACGUCGACGCCGUCCGACUAUGAGCACGACAACCAAGCCGAGAUUGUCACGCGACAAAUGGAGUGCUUCCGCCUCGAUAAGCUCAAGGAGCGCUACGACCGCCACGAGAUGCCACGCCUCGACUGGGUCGACCGCAUUACGAACCGCCGCAUUGCGCGCAUGCGCAGCAACGCCGAGUGCCCGGGCCCGAAGGAAGAGUUCCCGUCGUACAUUCAUGUGCGCAACGAACCCUGUCUUUGGAUCGACCUCCCGUACUUUGGCCAUCCCGUCGUCUACGAAGAAGAGCCGUACCCGAUCCGCAACGCCAACCUGUAUGGCGACGCAGGGACGCGCCCGCCCGCGUCGCUGGCCGGCGAGACGCCGGCUGCCCAUCCUCGGUCGCUGAGUCGCAUUGACAACACGGCCGACUCGGCCCUUGUCGCAGUGUGGGACCCGGACCUCGCCGAGGACAACCCGGCCGAGCGCAAGUACCGCAAGCUCGCGCGCGACAUUCUCCGCGGCUCCAUUGACCCAAAUUUGAAGCCCAACCGCGAAGAGAAGUUCCGCAUCGACAAGCUUCUCGGGUCGUCGAACGACCACCUCAAGAACGACGAGAAGGAUCUGUUGUGGAAGUUCCGCUACACGCUCGUCGAGAAUCGCAAGGCGAUCGUCAAGUUCCUCCUCAGUGUGGAUUGGCUCGACGAGACCGAGGUGACGCUCACGUCGGAGCUGCUCACGGCGUGGACCGAGAUCGAUGUCGCCGAUGCACUCAAGCUCCUCGGGCCUCGCAAGGAGUUUCGAAGCGACCUCGUGCGUCAUUUUGCGGUCGCCGCGCUCGAUAAGGCGCGCAACGAAGAGCUCCUCGACUUUCUCUUGCAGCUCGUGCAAGCACUUCGGUACGAACGGCGCCACGAAGCGUCGCUCGGACCGCUCGCGCGAUUCCUCAUUUCCCGCGCGUGCAAGCACUUCAAGAUGGCCAAUUUCUUCUACUGGUACCUUCAAGUCGAGGUCUCGGAUGUUCGCGACGGUGACAUGUUUACCCGGAUCCUCGAGCGCAUGCUCGCGCAGAUGCGCGAGUCGGACGAUGGCAUGGCGAUCCUCAACAUGCUCCAGACCCAGAACGAGUACAUGAACCGCAUCAUGGCGCUGCACUUGCGCGCCCGCGAUGAAAAAGGCAAGAAGGACGCGAAAGAAGAGAAGCUCAAGCAGUACCUCAAGCAGAUGGCGUGGCCCAAAGGCGUGCACAUUCGACUGCCGCUGGACCCGUCGAUCCAUCUCUCGGGCAUCGUGCCGACGUCAGCCAAGAUGUUCAAGAGUGCCAUGUACCCGUGUGUGUUGGACUUCACCACUGUUCUCGUCGAAGCCGACGUCGCCGAGGACACGGAAGCCACGUCGCUGCGCGAGUCGCUUAGCGUGCUCAACUCGGGCCCGUCGUCGUUUACAGCGCCACCGCCGCUCACGUCGAUGACGUCGAAUCGUUUUCUGGGUCUCCGCCGGGACAAAGACGGACCGGCGUACAAGGUCAUGAUCAAGAACGGCGACGACUUGCGCCAGGAUCAGCUCGUCAUGCAAAUGUUUAGCCUCAUGGACCGGCUUCUCAAGAAGGUGAAUCUGGAUCUGAAGCUCGUGUCGUAUCAGAUUCUCGCCACGUCGCCGUCCGCGGGUCUCAUGAUGUUUGUCAACGACUCGUAUCCGGUCUCGGGCGUCAUCUCCAACUACAAGACGAUCCAGGCGUUUCUCCGCGCGCACAACCCGGACCCAAGCGGGUACGAAGGGAUUGCACUCGAGGCCAUCAAUACGUACGUGCGGUCGCUCGCUGGCUCGUGCGUCUUUCGCCACCUCUUCCACAUCGACUUUGGCUUUAUCUUUGGGGCCGACCCGAAGCCGUUCCCGCCGCCCUUCAAGCUCACUAAAGAAAUGGUCGAAGGCAUGGGCGGCACCAAGAGCGAGCACUACAACAAGUUUGAGACCCUCUGCUGCCAAGCCUACAACUGGUUGCGCAAGAGUGCACCCAUGAUCCUCAACCUGCUCCACUUGAUGGUGGACGCGGGGAUUGAAGGCUACACCAACGACCCGCAAACGGUCCUUGCCAAGGUCGAAGAACGCUUCCGCCUCGAUCUCACGGACGAGCAAGCCGAGCAGUUUUUCCUCCAGCUCAUCUCGGACAGCAUGAACGCGCUCUUCCCCGUGCUCGCCGACAUUGCCCACGACAUUCGCGUCAAAAUGCGAUAAGACCUCCCGUGCUCAUAGCUGUCGUAACGAUGUCGUAACCACCCACAUAAAUAUAUAUAUGCACGUACCAUACCCAC